AAUCUUUCACCGACACGUCAGAACCACACCAACUCGAAAGUCCCUAUGCAGCUGUCAAACUCUUCCCAACUCCUUUUCUGUGUAAAUCUGUACGAGCAAUGGCUGCGGGAACACUGUACACCUAUGCCGACAAUUUCCGUGCUUCAAAAGCACUGAUUGCAGCUCAGUAUUCCAACGCGAACGUAAAAGUAUGUCCAAAUUUCGUGUUCGGAGAGACCAACAAGGCGAAGGACUUUCUAAAGAAAUUUCCCAGCGGAAAGGUGCCAGCUUUUGAAUCAAACGACGGCAAAUACUUGCAAGACAGCAACGCGAUCGCGUAUUACGUGGCGAACGAACAACUAAGAGGCAAGUCGGACUAUGAAAAGGCACAAGUUCUGCAAUGGGUCGGAUUUGGAGAGUCCGAAAUUCUACCAGCUGGAUGCGCUUGGGUGUUCCCGAUUUUAGGAGUAAUUAAGAAAAAUCCUGCAGCUGAAGAAGCAUAUUCUAGAGCUAAGGAAGACAUGAAAGCCGCUCUCAACAUCUUGGACAGCCAUUUGCUUACACGUACUUACCUAGUAGGAGAACGUAUCACUCUAGCUGAUAUUGUAAUAUCGUGCAACCUCUUGAACCUAUACAAAUUUGCUUUUGACCCCGAGUUUAGAAAGCAGUUCAUAAAUGUGAAUAGAUGGUUCACCACUUUAGUUAAUCAACCUCAGUUUAAGACUGUUCUGGGUCAGGUGCAAUUUUUGGACAAAGUUGCACAACCUUUUGGUGCCACACCAGGGGGCAAUGAAGCUGCUAAUAAUUGUAAUAUUGCGGAGAAGAAUAAGAAAAAGAGUAAAAAUAAGAAGAAGGAAGAGAAGAAAGAGAAGAAGCAACAACAGCAGCAGCAGCAGCAGCAGCAACAGAAGAAAGAGACACCUAAGAAGGAGAAAGAACCCGCUGAAGAACUGGAUGCUUCGGAGGAAGCUUUGGCUGCUGAACCUAAGUCUAAGGAUCCAUUUGAUUCUUUACCUAAAGGUACUUUCAAUAUGGACGAUUUUAAACGGUUUUAUUCCAAUGAGGAUGAAGCCAAAUCCAUUCCCUAUUUCUGGGAAAAGUUUGAUCCUGAAAAUUACUCAAUCUGGUUUGGUGAAUAUAAGUAUCCAGAGGAAUUGUCAAAAGUUUUUAUGAGUUGUAAUUUGAUUACUGGAAUGUAUCAGAGAUUGGAUAAAAUGCGCAAGCAGGCUUUCGCUUCAGUGUGUUUGUUUGGAGAAGACAAUAACAGUUCCAUUUCCGGUAUUUGGGUUUGGAGAGGACAUGAACUCGUCUUUCCAUUGAGUCCUGACUGGCAAAUCGACUAUGAGUCGUACGAGUGGAAGAAACUGGACGCCAAGUCUGAAGAUACGAAAAAAUUAGUUGCCCAAUAUUUCUCGUGGACGGGCGAGGACAAAAAGGGACGGAAAUUUAACCAAGGCAAAAUCUUUAAGUAAAGCCCAGUGAAAUAUAUUGUCUUUUUUAUAACCGUGUCAUUUUGAUAAUUUAAAUUAAAAUUAUUGUUCUCA